AACUAGUGUCGGUUCUCAGGAAGUGAAACUCAGACAGUCGUUGCUACUGAGAGGUGAAAUGGCGCAGAAAGGAGUUCAGCUGGACCAGGAAGCAAUCUCUUGUUCGAUCUGUCUGGAUCUACUGAAGGAUCCGGUGACUAUUCCCUGUGGACACAGCUACUGCAUGAACUGUAUUAAAAGCUUCUGGGAUGGAGAGGAUGAGAAGAAGAUCUACAGCUGCCCUCAGUGUAGGCAGACCUUCACACCGAGGCCUGUCCUGAUGAAAAGCACCAUGUUAGCAGAUUUAGUGGAGGAACGGAAGAAGACUGGACUCCAAGCUGCUCCUGCUGAUCACUGCUAUGCUGGACCUGAAGAUGUGGCCUGUGAUGUCUGCACUGGGAGGAAACUGAAAGCCUUCAAGUCCUGUCUGGCGUGUCUGGCCUCUUACUGUGAGAAACACCUCCAGCCUCAUUAUGACUCAGCUCCGUUCAAGAAACACAAGCUGGUGGAGCCCUCCAAGAAGCUCCAGGAGAACAUCUGCUCUCGUCACGACGAGGUGAUGAAGAUUUUCUGUCGUACUGAUCAGCAGUGUAUCUGUUAUCUCUGCUUAAUGGAUGAACAUAAAGGCCACGACACCGUCUCAGCUGCAGCAGAAAGGACCGAGAGGCAGAGAGAGCUGGAGGUGAGUCGACUCAGCAUCCAGCAGAGGAUCCAGGACAGAGAGAAAGAUGUGAAGCUGCUCCAACAGGAGGUGAAGGCUGUCAAUCGCUCUGCUGAUAAAGCAGUGGAGGACAGUGAGAAGAUCUUCACCGAGCUGAUCCGUCUCAUGGAGAAAAGAAGCUGUGAUGUGAAGCAGCAGGUCAGAUCCCAGCAGAAAAGUGAAGUGAGUCGAGUCAAAGAGCUUCAGGAGAAGCUGGAGCAGGAGAUCACUGAGCUGAAGAGGAGAGACGCUGAGCUGAAGCUGCUGUCACACACAGAGGAUCACGACCAGUUUCUACUCGACUACCCCUCACUGUCACCACUCAGUGAAUCUACACACUCAUCCAGCAUCAAUAUCCGUCCUCUGAGCUACUUUGAGGACGUGACGGCGGCUGUGUCAGAAGUCAGAGAUAAACUACAGGACGUUCUGAGUGAGAAAUGGACAAACGUCUCACAGACAGUGACUGAAGUGGAUGUUUUACUGUCACAACCAGAGCCCAAGACCAGAGCUGGAUUCUUAAAGUAUUCACGAGAAAUCACACUGGAUCCAAACACAGCAUACACACAUCUGUUAUUAUCUGAGGGGAACAGAAAAGCAACAGCAAUGAGACAACAUCAGUCUUAUUCUAGUCACCCAGACAGAUUCACUGGAUGGUGUCAGGUCCUGAGUAGAGAGAGUCUGACUGGACGUUGUUACUGGGAGGUGGAGUGGAGAGGAAGAGGAGUUGAUGUAGCAGUCGCAUACAAGAGUAUCAGCAGAGCAGGGGGGGUGGAUGAAUGUGGGUUUGGAUACAAUGACAAAUCUUGGGCGUUACGUUGUGACCAAAACUGUUAUAUAUUUUUCUACAACAAUGUCCACACCCCCGUCUCAGGUCCUCUGUCCUCCAGAGUAGGAGUGUACCUGGAUCACAGUGCAGGUAUUCUGUCCUUCUACAGCGUCUCUGAAACCAUGACUCUCCUCCACAGAGUCCAGACCACAUUCACUGAGCCUCUCUAUGCUGGACUUUGGCUUUAUUAUGAUACCACUGCUGAGUUGUGUAAACUGAAAUAUUGCAAAAAACGGGGGGAAGGAACCGAGGUAGAGAACCAGCAGGAACGAGGAAGCGGAGCUGGACACGCGAGUUUGGAACCGAGGCAGCUUCACCGGUAUGGUCUGCUGCAGGAACACGGCCGACAGAGUGACAGGGCGGCCAGGACGAGGGACCGGACGAACCGCUGCAGGACGAGCUGGACGGGAGUGAAAAGGCUUGAGCUCAAACUAGUGUCGCUACCGAGAGGUGAAAUGGCGCAGAAAGGAGUUCAGCUGGACCAGGAAGCAAUCUCUUGUUCGAUCUGUCUGGAUCUACUGAAGGAUCCGGUGGCUACUUCCUGUGGACACAGCUACUGCAUGAACUGUAUUAAAAGCUUCUGGGAUGGAGAGGAUGAGAAGAAGAUCUACAGCUGCCCUCAGUGUAGGCAGACCUUCACACCGAGGCCUGUCCUGAUGAAAAACACUAUGUUAGCAGUUUUAGUGGAGAAACUGAAGAAGACUGGACUCCAAGCUGCUCCUGCUGAUCACUGCUAUGCUGGACCUGAAGAUGUGGCCUGUGAUGUCUGCACUGGGAGGAAACUGAAAGCCUUCAAGUCCUGUCUGGUGUGUCUGGCCUCUUACUGUGAGAAACACCUCCAGCCUCAUUAUGACUCAGCUCCAUUCAAGAAACAUAAGCUGGCGGAGCCCUCCAAGAAGCUCCAGGAGAACAUCUGCUCUCGUCACGAUGAAGUGAUGAAGAUGUUCUGUCGUACUGAUCGGCAGUGUAUCUGUUAUCUCUGCUCUGUGGAUGAACAUAAAGGCCACGACACCGUCUCAGCUGCAGCAGAAAGGACCGAUAGGCAGAGAGAGCUGGAGGUGAGUCGACUCAACAUCCAGCAGAGGAUCCAGGACAGAGAGAAAGAUGUGAAGCUGCUCCAACAGGAGGUGGAGGCUGUCAAUCGCUCUGCUGAUAAAGCAGUAGAGGACAGUGAGAAGAUCUUCACCGAGCUGAUCCGUCUCAUGGAGAAAAGAAGCUGUGAUGUGAAGCAGCAGGUCAGAUCCCAGCAGAAAAGUGAAGUGAGUCGAGUCAAAGAGCUUCAGGAGAAGCUGGAGCAGGAGAUCACUGAGCUGAAGAGGAGAGACGCUGAGCUGAAGCUGCUGUCACACACAGAGGAUCACAGCCAGUUUCUACUCAACUACCCCUCACUGUCACCACUCAGUGACUCUACACACUCAUCCAGCAUCAAUAUCCGUCCUCUGAGCUACUUUGAGGACGUGAGGGCGGCUGUGUCAGAAGUCAGAGAUAAACUACAGGACGUUCUGAGAGAGAAAUGGACAAACGUCUCACAGACAGUGACUGAAGUGGAUGUUUUACUGUCACAACCAGAGCCCAAGACCAGAGCUGGAUUCUUAGAAUAUUCACAAGAAAUCACACUGGAUCCAAACACAGCAUACACACGGCUGUUAUUAUCUGAGGGGAACAGAAAAGCAACAUUUAUGAGAGAACAGUCUUAUCCUAGUCACCCAGACAGAUUCACUGUAUUUAAUCAGGUCCUGAGUAGAGAGAGUCUGACUGGACGUUGUUACUGGGAGGUGGAGAGGAGAGGGGGAGGAGUUUAUGUAGCAGUCGCAUACAAGAGUAUCAGGAGAGCAGGGGGGCCGAAUGAAUGUGGGUUUGGACGGAAUGACAAAUCUUGGGCGUUACGUUGUGACCAAAACAGUUAUAUAUUUUGGUACAACGAUGUCAAAACUCCCGUCUCAGGUCCUCUGUCCUCCAGAGUAGGAGUGUACCUGGAUCACAGUGCAGGUAUUCUGUCCUUCUACAGCAUCUCUGGAACCAUGACUCUCCUCCACAGAGUCCAGACCACAUUCACUGAGCCUCUCUAUGCUGGACUUUGGCUUACAGGUUAUGGAACCACUGCUGAGUUGUGUAAACUGAAAUAGACAGAAGUCAUUUAAGGGUUUAAUUCUGUGUUUUAACUCUUAAACUUAUCUGGUGUCCAUCAUUGUUGCUGCAGAGCUGAUUUUUCUUUUCAUGUCUUCACAGCACAGAGAUCAGCUGUCAAUCAAACAUUACGGGCUCUACUUUGACCAAAGAACGUUUAUUACCAAGAAGUGAAAGUCAAUUGUUUGUUCCAUUGUAACGUCAGCGCCCAGCAGCAGAGCUACGCUUCCGCCAUUUUGGACUGAAAGCGACUACCGGACGCCAGUAAAACGUCCGCCUACAAAGUGACGUACAAAAGUAAAAACUAAAUUAUUUCUAUUCUAUCGUCGCAUUCUACCAAAAUGUCCGGUGUUGAACAAUUAAAUAUAAAUAUAAGAAGCGUUUUCAGUCCAAAAUGGCGGCGGCUGUCGUCAAAAAGCAGCCGAGUUCC